CACACACAAAACAAUCACCCAGCCAAAAUACAAACCGACUAAAACUGCAGCAGUUUCAAUUGACCGUACGAUUUAAUUGAUGGCCGGUUUAAUUAAUGGACGACUUCAGUGCUAUCCACGAUAAGAAAUGUCAAGUGCGACAGUCGAAAAUUAGCAAUGGUGGUGAUGUUUACAAGAUGAUUAUCAGUGAUAAUUAAAUAAAUAUUGUGAGUGCUGGAUAAUUGUGCUGAAGUGACUGCAGAUCCGUUACAUCAUGCCGUCGGCGCGGCUCACCCUCCGCGAAGAGGACGUCGUCCGGCUGGCGCUGGAGUUCCUGCACAAUCGCGAGCUGCACAUCACGCAGCUGAGCCUCGAACGUGAAACCGGCGUCAUCAACGGCAACUACUCGGACGACGUCCUGUUCCUCCGUCAACUUAUACUCGACGGACAAUGGGACGACGUGCUGGAGUUCAUACAACCUCUGGAGGCGCUCAAGGCGUUCGACAUGCGGAAGUUCAGUUACACGAUAUUGCGGCAUAAGUAUGUGGAGCUGUUGUGCAUCAAAUCCGAGGCCAAUGUCCAGGGAAGCUCGGUGGAUAAUGCCGUCGAAGAAGUAGUCAAGGUUUUAAACGAAUUAGAAAAAUACUCACCAUCCAAAGAGGAAUACUCAACGUUGUGCCUGCUGUUGACUCUACCACGCCUUACAGACCACCUCCAGUACAAGGACUGGAACCCAAGCAACGCACGAGUCCAGUGUUUCCGGGAGGUGUACCCUCUGGUGGCAGACUUUCUGCCCGGCGACAGAAAAGUUGCAGAUUCGAACGCCAACCUCAGCGCCAAAAACGACAGACUGAUACAACUCAUAAUCAAGGGAAUCCUCUACGAAUCCUGCGUUAACUUUUGCCAAGCACAAGCAACAGGCUCUGGUGACGCCCAGUCCCAGGAGAUGAACUUUUCGCGGCUGCUGGACGGCAGCGUCGGUUUCAGCGACUCGGACCUCAGUCUAUUGUCGUGGCUGCAAAGUGUACCGCCGGAGACGUUUUCCGUGCCCUUCGAACAACGAACUUUGAACGUGGAUGUUGAGCGAUUGGAACGACCGUCGCUUGAGACCUCCUGGACUGAACACAUGCUCGUCACUCCCAUCAAACCUAAGACGUUCCCGCACUCGGCCAUGCCCUUUACCAGGCCAAGAAGUGCUGCAGAUAUUAUGACAAGAUCUUUGAUGCCAGUGUUGGAUGGGCUGCCAUACGGUUUGGCGAAUAGUGGAGCGACACCUCACAAUGGCAAUCCACGGCUUAUGACUCUUAGUACCGGUGAUAUUAGUAUUAAUGCUCCGAUGUCUCGCAGCAGUUUUGCCAGCUUCCACUUGACAGGCAUUAAGAAUAACAAACUGAUGAAUUCUUCAGUUGAUAGACUUUUUGAAAAUGAAGGCGAGGUGUUCCUGAGUAACAGCUACGCCGAAUUCCAGCAACUCCCAUCGAUCCACGAGAUCACCAGCACGCCGAAGCUGAAUGCCCCACAACCGGCGGUCUCCGCCACACAUUCGAAAAGUCCCGAACGCAAAGUAUCGAACGCGUCGACUCCCGAACACAAAGGUCGCGAAAGUCCCGCCUCCGUCGGUACAGCCCGAUCGUCGCGUCGCGACUCCCUUAACGAUAGGCCGGUGGCGGCUGCCCAGAAUCUCGUGCUGACUGCGCAGCCGCCGAUGAUGGCGCCAGAGCCGCAGGGUGUGAUGACAGAGCAGAAUUACUGCGGGGAGUUGGUUAAGGAGUUUCAGAAGACGAUAGCCCUGAGGGAGAGGGAACGGGAGGAAUUGCUGAGGCAGAUCAAUGGUGACAAGUUCUCGGAUGAAUGCAAACAGAGUGCGAACAAACCAGUAAACGGAACGGCGGCGCCCAACAGGAACGCCUCAUCGCCCAGGCCGAACAACAACGGAAACGGAGAUGCCUUCAGGACCCCGUCAAGAUUGGACGAAGCAAGAGCACAACAAGAAAGCCACUAUGACACAGUUAAGCCCACCCCCCGAAGCACGUCGUCGGGCGUCGACUUGGACAACAGCGACGGUAGCAACGGAGGCAGGCCGAAGUUCGUCGCCGUCACAACGUUGGAAGAUGUGCAGGCGGUACGAUGCGCCGAAUUCCAUCCGGGUGGCCAGCUCUACGCCGUCGGCUCGAACUCCAAAACGCUACGUAUCUGCUCCUACCCCAAACUCAACGACCUCAGAGAGGACCAUCAAACGUACCAACCGAUGGUCUUGUUCAAACGCACGAAACACCACAAGGGUUCGAUAUAUUGUUUGGCGUGGUCGCCUGUCGGUGACCUGAUGGCCACCGGUUCCAACGACAAAACGGUGAAGCUGAUGCGUUUCAACGCUGACACCUCCAACCUGGAAGGCGACGAAAUUGAACUUACCAUGCAUGACGGCACCAUCCGCGAUCUGUGCUUCCUCGAGGACACAUCGAAUAAAUCCAGCUUGCUGAUCAGUGGAGGCGCAGGUGAUUGUAAGAUAUACGUAACGGAUUGUGCGACAGGAACGCCUUUCCAAGCGCUCAGUGGACACACUGGACACAUCUUAUCCUUGUACACGUGGGGUGGUGCAAUGUUUGUCAGCGGGUCACACGAUAAAACUGUGAGAUUCUGGGAUCUAAGGACAAGAGGAUGUGUGAACAUGGUGACACCACAAACUGUACCGGGCACAAAGCAAGGAUCACCAGUGGCGAGUCUGUGCGUCGAUCCCUCGGGUCGAUUGCUCGUGUCCGGCCACGAAGACAGUUCUUGCGUACUGUACGACAUCCGGGGCGGCAGGAACGUGCAAUGUUUCAAGCCUCACAGUUCGGAUGUGCGUUCCAUUCGGUUUUCGCCGUCCGCCUAUUACCUGUUGUCCGCCGGCUACGAUAAUAAACUUGUGCUCACCGAUUUACAAGGCGAUUUAACUUUACCACUUCCAAGUGUGGUUGUGGCCCAACACACUGACAAAGCAAUAUCAGGACGCUGGCAUCCUUCAGAGUUUUCGUUUUUAUCAACGUCCGCCGACAAAACGGCCACACUUUGGGCCUUGCCGCCGAUUUAAGAAGAAAUUUUCCGCUUAUAUUCAAUAAGUCUGAACUAACCAAUAAUCAUUUCGAACAAACAUUACUUUUGCACAUAAUAUACUUAACGUAAUGUUUACUGAUUUACCGUUUAUUUUGUCUCGAUGACAUGUUAGUUAUUUUUAUUGGAAACUAAAAUAACUAGUUUUUGUUAUAGAACGUAUUUUAAUAUGUUAGGAUUGUUUUCCAGGACUGUAUCCAUCUGUUUUUGGAGUGAUAUGACUAUAUGUAUAGUUAGUUAUUUGGUAUUUCAGCAGUUUCAUGAAAUUAAACCAAAAUUUCCAAUUAGUUGGAAUAAUGUAUCAAUAUUUGAAGCUCAGAUAAAAUAGGGGUUGUUGACAAAAUUUGACCAAGAAAUGGUUUUGUUCAUAAGAAGAACAGUUAUAGUUUGCACAACAAUUUUUUGGCUGUAUUCCACGUUAUCAGAAAGUCUGUUUUUUUCGUAUUAUCGCCUUGUUAGUGUUUACUGAAAAUUAAUAUAUAAAUCUAAUGUAAUAACUGUAUAUAUCUAAACUUAUUUUUAAAAGCUUUGUAUAAAAAUAUAAAACAACUAAUGUAUGCUGUUUAUGUUAUUAAUGUUACAAAAAAUGAUAUGUAUAUGUAUCUUAACUUUAAUAUUUAUGUGCGUUUUAUAAUUUCGAAUUAAAUAAAGUUAUACUUAGAA